CUUAUGGACGUUUUAAUAUAAGGCGCUGUAGAAUUUAUGGAAGUGAAAUUACAAUAAGUUAAAUACGAAAGUGAUAUUUUUGUGAGCGUUCACGUAACAAAAUAAUUGACGUUUAUAAUUCUUUGGUAUUAGUUUUUAGCGUUCAUUUAAUAAAAUGACUGUCAACCAUUAAAUAUUGUUUGCUGCCAUAUUCAAUUUGAGUACGUAUAAAAGCAAAAGUGAAUACACAAUGCGUUUCAUCUGAGAGAAAAAGGUUUAUUUUGACAUCGCUUCAUGCGAUUUAAGUCACAAAUAGUGUUUUUACAUAGAGUAUAUUCUGAUAAGAAUUUAAUAGAGAAUCACGGCUCCGGUAACUAGCACCUCAUUAUUAUUUUUACCUAAUAUGCGGGGUGCGUUACUCGAGCACGUAUAUUGGAGCAGCGUGGCGGGUCCCAGCUCUAUAUGACAGAGGUAUGAAGUACACAAAACAAGAUAAUUGACUUAAAAUUGAACUUAAUAAAAUCUUGAAAAAAAAAUGUUAUUACCAGACUACGGUAAAUUGUAAUUAAGAUAAAGUUUUCGUAAUUAUAACAAUGAACGAUAAGUUUUACCUACUUUGGUAAAGUAAAUAAGAAUGAAAUGGACAAUAAUCGAAUAGGUGUCUGUAUCACUGAUAAAUACUAUCUGACGUUACCGCUGAUAACAAAAGCAACAGUGUUGUAUGGGCAUAAUGUUCGCGGGACUUGACGGAUCACGACUAAAACAAAAUGCGAUUACUGUACACAGUUCUCGCCAUUGUGGCAUAUAGUUUUAAAGCCGAAAGUUCUUUGGUAUGUGACAGUGAUUUUUGUGUUUGCCAUCACAAUAACAAAAGUGAUCGUGAAGUAUUUGGUGAAAUAAUCGACUGUUCUUACGAUCCUAAUUUGUUGAGGAGAAACUUUAGUUUACCCGAAACAGCAUAUACGCUGAAUUUAUCAAGAAAUAACUUAACCAAAAUUCAGUUCUCGCUUAUACUUAAAUCGGAAACUUUAGCAGAGCUAUUGUUAAACAGCAAUCAAAUUAAUGAAAUCGCUCUUAAUGCUUUACGUUUGGCAAAUCUUAAAAGGCUCGAUUUAAGUGACAAUAAACUCGAAGUUAUCCAUGCAGGAACCUUUGAUCAUAUAAAUAACUUGGAAUAUUUAAACUUGGCGAACAAUAAAUUCGCUACUUUCGAAAAAAUAUCUUUCCAUCACUUGGGAGAGUUACAAGAAAUAGUUUUGGACAACAACAAUUUGGGACCGAGCCUCGAAGACAAUAAUCUAUUUGAUCGAAGCGGUUACGGAUUGACUCAUAAAAUCCAAGCGUUAUCUAUGAGCGGUAUUAACCUGGAAAAUGUUUAUGACAAUUUCUUUGUUGACGCAUACAACUUAAAAAGACUGACUAUUUCUAAUAAUAAACUAACCGAUACUUUCGAAUUUCCGUUCACACUUGAAUAUUUGGAUAUAUCAGAUAAUCCCAUAAAUGAGAUAUCGGAAGAAGAUUUUAUAGACUUAGUGGGCUUGAAAGAGUUGAAGCUAAAUAAUUUGCAAAUAAAAGAAAUUUCUGGCUACACAUUUGCGUCUUUGCACUCGCUCACUAGUUUAGAGUUGGAGAGAAACAAAAAUCUCGUGAACUUCAGUGCAGAAGCAUUCGGGAAGGAGGUACUGGAUGAUGCAGAUUAUUUUCCACUAGAAACUCUAUCUUUUAAGGGCUCUAGACUCACUUCUUUAGACCAGGAAUUGGAGGUUCCUUUUGGACAAUUAAUACGUUUGGAUUUACAAGGUAACUUCUGGAAUUGCAACUGCAAUCUGAAGUGGAUAAAGAAAUUGCAAAUACAUCCGGAAGAUUAUGAUCACUUGAGAUGUUACACACCAAAACCUCUAUACAACAGUCGAAUAUUCGAACUGGACGAAAAGUACUUCAACUGUGCGACGAAAGACCGUAGUCGCCAUAUUGUCGUGACGAUUUCUAUAGUCUCAUUCUGUCUCCUGCUGAGUUCUCUGGCGGUUUGGGUGUAUAUGUUCAUGCCACGAUCGCAGACGAGGUGUGACCUUGCGAACAUGUACUCCGGGGCAGGGUACUCUGUGUUGCCAAUGCACGUCAGCACCCUGCGUAGUCCACUUUGAAAUCAUUUUGUAGAAUACACUAAAUUCCACAAAGUUGUUAUUUUCUUUUUAACUUCUCCUCUUAAGAUCUUGAAAUGACCGGAAUCAAUUUUAGUAUCACCAUCAACAUAACCCAUUACUGGCCCACUACGCU